AUGGCGCUAAUAAAUGCUUAUCGAAGACGCAUAAAGCGAGUAAAUUCGCAGCCAUUAAACGAGCAUAAAACUCGAUCGGGCCGAAACAAAAUUGUGGGGCCGACAAAUCAAAGUACAAGCCUCAGAGCCUCAGGUCCACCCUUUCCCCAAUUUCCCUGCCAUGAAAUAAAACCAGGCAACAAUGAAACCCAAAGCGGCUCCCAAGCGAUUUCGAUGCGGGCAUUCGUCGGUCGGUGCAAAGAAUUGGCCACCCACAGACCCACAGACCCAAACCCGAACCCCGAGAGGACCUUCCCUGAAUCCCCAUUCCCGGCACCUCCUGCGCCCCAUUUCAACUCCCCUCCCCGCCAACACUCGCUAUAUAACCAUCUUACCCAACGUUGA